AUGUUCAUGCAAGGGUUCCGGGCCUACUACGCCGCCUUUAUCGCGGCUUUGAUUCACGGGGUGCACAGUGGGUACAUCGACGCCCCUCAUGUGCCUCUGGCGAAACUGCAGACCACCGUGCAGGAUCCAUGGCAAUGGUGGUACUUCGAUCUCCUCUCCAACGAAGGGACCGCGCUUCAGAUCGUAUACUUCUCUGGAUACGGUUUCGGACCACUGUCUCCCGUUCCGUUCUACAUACAAGUCAGCGCGACCCUACCAAAUGGAACUUCUCUGGUUACUCUUGGGCUUGCCUCGGGAUAUGGGUCCGUUAGUCAGUCCGUGGGCGAUUACAGCAACGGAGCAUGGCCUGGACUGGGUGGAUGGAACUCAACGGCUUCGCAAUACACUGUUCGGUUCGAAGACGGGCUUGGGUAUGUGAGCGGGAACCUGACGUUGGAUAUGACAACCCCGCCGCAUUACCCCUGCGACGAGCCCAAUGACCCAUCUUUCAGUACCACUGUUGCACCCAACCUAGUUGGCCCGUGGCUCGGGUGGUCGAAUGCAGUACCCGGUGCCACUGGGGAUGCUCAUCUGACAGUUGGGAAGCAAACAUACACGUUCUCCGGCAACGGAUACCACGACUCCAACUUUGGCAUGAAGCAGCUCAGCGAGAACACCAACCAAUGGUACUGGGGCCGGGGCGCUGUCGGGCCUUACACCUUCGUGUAUUUCGCGUACUUGCCCAAAGGCUCCUCCGUCCCUGCUUCGGAUCCGAACACAUGGUACACCUCGGGCUUCCUCUCCAAGGACGGCACGAAGAUCGUCAACUUCUGUAGUGUCGAGCAAAACGGCGCCGAACAUACGCAGCAACACAUCACCCUCGAGACUCGAGGCAAGAUAUGGACCGAGCUGCCUUUGCUGGUUGGCACGCCCGAUGAUUCGGAAGUGGGUGUGGUCGUGACUUAUACCAUCAACGGCGAGGACUAUGUCUUCAACAUGAGCUCAAUGGCCGUAUCGCUCGCGGGCGGCCCGAUAUUGCCGUACGCACGAUGGACCUCAAGUAUUCAAGGUGGCAAAGUAGGAGAGGAUCCUGCGACAGGAUAUGGUAACUUCGAGAUCCUCAAUUACGGAGAUGACUAGAGGACUGUUUACAUCGUAAACACCACGGAUCACCGUUUAGCAUGAUAUUAUUACACAUACAUAAC